GAUUUGGAAUGCUUUGACUGAUAAUUAUGGUAACGUAAUGCCAGUUGACUGGAAAUCUUCCCACACCAGAGCUUUGCACUUGCCAACACUGAAUCUUUCAGAAAAAGGGGUAAAUGAUAACUUGAACCUUGACCUGUCAGAUGAUGAAGAGCUGAGAGAACAGUUGGAUAUGCAUUCUAUCAUUGUUUCCUGCAUCAAUGAUGAACCACUCUUCACAGCAGAGCAGGUGAUUGAAGAAAUAGAGGAAAUGAUGCAGGAAUCGCCUGAUCCAGAAGAUGAUGAAACACCCACCCAAUCAGAUCGUCUCUCCAUACUUUCUCAGGAAAUUCAGACACUCAAGAGAUCCAGUACAAAUAACAGCUAUGAAGAGAGAGUAAAAAGACUGUCUGUUGCUGAGUUAAAUGAACUGCUAGAAGAAAUUGAGACUGCUAUUAAGGAUUAUUCCGAGGAACUGGUACAGCAAUUGGCUCUACGAGAUGAGUUGGAGUUUGAGAAGGAAGUGAAAAACAGCUUCAUUUCUGUCCUCAUCGAAGUGCAAAACAAACAGAGAGAACACAAAGAAACAGCAAAGAAGAAAAAGAAGCUGAAAAAUGGCAGUCCUCAGAAUGGCAAACAAGAAAGAGGUCAUAUGCCUGGAACACGCUUCAGCAUGGAAGGGAUCUCAAAUGUCAUACAGAAUGGCUUCCGCCACACGUUUGGAAACUCGGGUGGAGAGAAACAGUAUUUAACAACCGUCAUUCCUUAUGAGAAGAAGAAUGGACCCCCUUCUGUUGAAGAUCUUCAAACAUUAACCAAAAUUCUGCAUGCCAUGAAAGAGGAUAGCGAGAAAGUGCCAAGCUUGUUAACAGACUAUAUUUUAAAGGUUCUGUGUCCUACAUGAAGAGGGCUGCCUUUCUGAAUUAGCCAUGCUCCUUCCUGGGAGGACAAGCUUUCUGUGGAUAUAACUCAGUAUUUUUUUCAUUUGGCACUAUACCUAAACCAGUAUGCAUUUACCUCCUCUGUAUGUGAGUGGAUUUUCUCACCCUACAGUAAGUCUAUGGGCAUGACAUCUCAUCCAUUUUAACUUAAUAGUGCAAUGAACUGGAGCAGGGAACAAACAUUGUACAGUUUUACUCACGUUGUUCUGGCUUUUUAAAGUCUAUUUUUACAUUGUAUAGCAUGUAGUAAAUCCUCCUGCACACUUUGUUGUUGGAAGGAGCAGUAAACUUUGAGUAGUGUAAAUAAAAUAAGCCUAGUUUUAAGGUAUCC